AUGUAUCUUAUCGAUAGAGGGGUUCAAUGUGAGAUCAAUUUCAAUGAGAUUUAUGAAUUUCCAGUUGAAGUAUCUCAUUUUGGCCUAUUUAUCUGUUUGUGUCCUGUAGUUGUCCCUCCAAGACAAGUCGCUAUAUACAAGAGUUUUGUUGGACAAAUGUGUAAAUGUGAAGUUGAUUCGCUCUCGAGAUCUGUUCCAGUUUUCGGAUGUGUAAAUGCAAAAUUACUCGUAAAAAUUGGAAACUUGUAUCAAGACAUCCAACAAGCAUUUUACGAAAGCCAUCUGUGUCCGAAAUCAUGUGCUCACUGUGGUGGCACGCAGGUCCAAAAACUUUUCAUACAUGCAGCGUUUAAACAGUAUAAGCCCGAGUCAUUCCCAGAAAUUGUAAGCGUCCGUUUCGAGAAGAAAGAUCGCAUGUCGAGUACAUUUUGGGUCGUUAAUAAAAACAUUUUUACAACAGUAGAAAAGAUACUGAAGAAUACUGCAAGCAAAAUAAUGGAAUACCCAUUACUACAAAGCAGAUUAGAAGAAGGUACCAUGAUACGAAAAAUACCAUGUGUUGCUCACACCCGUGCUGAAAGCUCUUAUAAAGGAUUUUAUCGUGCAGUCCCUGCUCAGUACGAUAGCCAUACAAAACGGUGCUUUAGUUUGCUUUAUUAUUUUGUUGCAAUUCAGCUCUUUUCUAUUUUUUUGGUAGACUUUGGAUGGUUUAAAUGGGUGCUACCUCAAGAUCUAUUUGAUAUAUCAACAAUGCACAAAUCAAAUCCAAUUCGGAAAUUGCCAGUGGCAAUGAUACACUGCAAAGAAGAUACAGGCAGUGUUUUGCAUGUUGAAAAUCUUUGUAAAGGAACAAACUUCAACUUAAAAAUUAAAAGCCGUACAUGCAAAGAUGUGUAUUUGGUCGAUUUACUCGAUCCUGAAUUUGUUGUGAAUGGUCACUCUUCUGCUGGACAAAAAGUGAAUUUAAUUAGUAACUUAGGCACCUGCAAAGUGACUCCGUCAAAUUCAGAAUCUAUUACUGCAACACGCAAACAGCAUUCGACCCCAUCAAUGAUGUUAAGCACUCGAAAUCUGAAAAAUUCUGAUGCAACAGCAAAACCGACAUGUUUAUGGUCAAAUUAUAACUUUCCAACAUUCUCAGUGCCAAUAAUGAUUCCUCUGCAUGUGCCUCUAGUGAUACCAGUGUUGGAAACAGCGACAUCAAAUGAAGGAUGCAAUAAAAAUGGUGUUUCAAAAAACAAUAGAAAUUCUCAACAUAACUUUAUGAAGAACAAUUACGCUACUACAAGUAAUGAAACGGAAUGGAAUGAUUCAUGGAAUCGUAAUUCUAAUAAAAAAUGUAGGGAAAAUUCACAAAAUGAGUGGCACAGGAGUAGUUCCGAGAUAACAACUCGAUAUGGUUCUGUAACUAAUCAACAAAACGCAUUUGAGGAAGGUGAGAUAGAACAGAUGUAUCAAGACGUUACUGGUGAUCGAGCCAGUGAAAUGCAAAAGCAAACUGCAGUGCAUAUUUUGCAAAAUUUUCAGCGUACAAGUGAUAAGUGGCUUUAA